CCCCUUCCCGCUCCGUCCCCGGUGGCUGUAAGGACGAGGCGAGGGGUCGGCCCUGCCCGUCCCGGGCGGAGGAGAGGGACGAGGGGAAGGGGCGGGCACUGCGCCCCCGUCCUGAAUAAUGCCUCUGAACCGGCUACACUUUGUGAAAUCAGCGGGGCUCCUGUUUGCGUCAUUGGCUGCUUGGUACUUGGGAUGGUUUUUUGCUGCUGUUGUACCAAAAGGCGCAGUAACAGUACCUAAUUUUCAACAGAUUGUCAAGAAACCAGUGUUGAAGGCCCCAGUCCCAAAAAGGCAGAAGUGUGAUCACUGGUCUCCCUGCUCACCUGGGGACUACGCCUAUCGGAUUCUUAGUGGUGGUGGCACAGAAAAACUGGCUAAAAUUUGUUUUGAGGAUGAUCUGCUUAUAAGCGAAGAGAAGGGUAACGUUGGAAGAGGUAUAAACAUUGCCAUUGUGAAUUAUAAAACAGGAAAACUUACAUCGGCAAAAUAUUUUGACAUGUGGCAAGGAGACCACUCAGGAGAGCUGAUGAAUUUCAUUAAAAAUGCGCCAGAAGGGUCCCUCCUUUUGAUGGUGACUCAUGACGAUGGAAGCACCCGGCUGAAAGAUGACGCCAAAAAAUUAGUAGAAGAGCUGGGAAGUAAACAAAUACGGAACAUGAAGUUCAGGUCAAGCUGGGCUUUUAUAGCUGCCAAAGGCUUCAAGCUGCCAGACGAUAUCCAAAAAGAAAAGAUCAACCACGCUGGCAAGAACAACAGGUACCGUGGCUGGCCAGCUGAAAUCCAAAUAGAAGGCUGUAUCCCAAGAAACCUGAUCUGAAUAAAUGCAUACCUCAUUAAUAAAGAUGAUUUUAUAUUUUUAUA